AUGAGCUCUGUAAGAGAAUUCGCUGCGGAGGCAGCCAUUGAGUCCUUGGCAAACAACACGAGCGCUUCGGCUAUCAAUGUUCAACAAGUGUUGACCUCGUUGCAGUCCAUAUCAUAUCUUAAGCUUUUCGUGACAUUAGUAUGUGUGGGGCUUGUCUGGGACCAGAUUUCUUACCAGACCAAGAAGGGAUCCAUCCCGGGCCCCAGAUGGAAAAUGUGGCCUGUUCUAGGUCCCUUUUUAGAGUCUCUCGACCCAAAGUUUGAGGAGUACAAGGCCAAAUGGGACGCUGGUCCUCUUUCAUGUGUUUCCAUAUUCCACAAAUUCGUCGUGAUCGCCUCGACCAGAGACCUUGCCAGAAAGAUUUUGCAAAGUCCAAAAUACGUGAAACCUUGCGUUGUUGAUGUCGCUAUCAAGAUUUUGAGGCCUUCCAACUGGGUGUUUUUGGACGGCAAGGAACAUGUAGACUACAGAAAAUCCCUGAACGGGUUGUUUACCAAGACCGCCUUGGCUCAAUAUCUGCCAUCCCAAGAACAGGUCAUGGACAAAUACAUCGAGAAAUUCGUUUCCAUCUCUAAGGACAACAAAUACGAACCACAGGUGUUUUUCCACGAAAUGAGAGAGAUCAUGUGCGCUCUGUCACUAAAGGCCUUCUGCGGAAGCUACAUCACCGAAGACCAGAUCAGAAAAGUUGCCGACGACUACUAUCUCGUGACCGCCGCACUCGAGUUGGUCAACUUCCCAAUCAUCUUGCCCUUCACCAAGACCUGGUACGGUAAGAAAACCGCUGAUAUGACCAUGAAGAUUUUCGAGCAAUGUGCCCAAAUGGCAAAGGAUCAUGUCGCUGCCGGUGGAGAGCCAACCUGUGUCAUGGACGCGUGGUGCAAGCUUAUGCACGACGCGAAAACCCACAACGACGAGAACGCGAGACUAUUUCACAGAGAAUUCUCUAACAAGGAGAUUUCUGAGGCCAUCUUCACGUUUUUGUUCGCCUCUCAAGAUGCUUCUUCUUCGCUAGCUUGCUGGCUUUUCCAAAUCGUCGCUGAUCGUCCGGACGUUAUGCAGAAGAUUAGAGAGGAGCAACUUCGGGUCCGUGACAACGAUCCCUCGAUGCCCUUGUCUUUGGAUUUGAUCGAUAGCAUGAAGUACACUUACAUGGUUGUGAAAGAAGCCCUGCGUUACAGACCACCUGUCAUAAUGGUGCCAUACGUUGUGAAACAGAAGUUUCCAGUGGCUCCUAACUACUCCGCGCCCAAGGGUGCCAUGUUGAUUCCAACCCUGUAUCCUUCCUUACACGAUCCAGAGGUUUUCGAGGAUCCCGAGGAAUUCAUUCCUGAGAGAUGGGUCGAGGGCUCGCCAGCCAACCAAGCCAAGAAGAACUGGUUGGUGUUCGGCUCCGGUCCUCACGUUUGUCUUGGUCAAACGUAUGUCAUGAUGACGUUCACGGCGUUGAUCGGCAAAUUCGCCAUGUAUUCCGACUGGGAGCAUAAAGUGACCCCACUCAGCGAAAAGAUCAAGGUUUUUGCUACGAUUUUUCCCAAGGAUGACCUCCAUCUAAGUUUCAAAAAAAGAGACCCAAUUUCAGGAAAAGUUGAGGCGUGA